CAACUUUAGUCACUUAGCAACACCAUCUUGUAAAGAGCAUUCCUUUUAUAUUCCGUAUUCUUUGCUAAUUUUGCAGGAAUUACUGGGAUCGUGUUGCUUUUUUUCUUCUUUUUUGGAACCAGUUGUGCAUUAUCAUGGAAAUUGAUCAGCCUAUUCAAGCAGGUCCUGUGAAGGAUGAAAAUUUCAUUACAAAAUAUCAGGAUGCUGGUGCUGUGGUGAGUAAAUCAUUCCAUAAGCUCGCUCCCCUCUUUGUUCCUGGUGCUUCGGUGCGUGAACUAUGUGGUUUAGGUGACCAAUUCAUUGAAGAAAUGGUUGCACCUAUGUAUAAAUCAAAGCGAUAUGAAAAAGGUCUGGCUGAACCCACUAGCGUUUGCGUCAACAAUUGUGCCUUCAAUUAUUCUCCGGGUUCUGAAACGUUGGUUAACGGUGUCGAAAACUCUUAUCGUCUUAACAUUGGUGAUGUAACUAAAGUCGCGAUGGCUUGUCACAUUGAUGGUUACACUGCUAGUAUUUGUCACACUGUUGUGGUAACGCCGCCACCUCAACCUGGAAUGGGUCCUUACAUUGGUCCUGGAGCUGAUGCUAUCUGUGCUGCUCAUUUCGCUACCAAGAGCGUUGCGAAUAUGAUUUCCACUAUCGAUCCUUCAAAUCCUGUUACAGGUCCUAGAUUGCGUAAGCUUGUUGAAGACAUCGCCGCUCAAUUCCACGUUCAUGUUUCUCCAGGAUCUCGCAUUCGCCGUGUUGAUAGAUAUCUUGUUGGACAGAUAACUGUUGAUCGAUUGGAGGAAGAAAGAAACUCAAAGGCUGCAGUUGAGUGGCCUGCACCAGAAGAGGAAGAAGAAGAAGAGGCACAGAAGCGUGCUAUUGAUCCCUCGGAUCCUGCUGGUGAUAUGCUUGCAGAGUUGGACAACUGGCAUGUUAUGCCAAAAGAAGCAUGGCUUAUCGAUAUAUCUAUGUCUUCUAAACCAGUUGAUCACCUUAGAGAGCACCCAGAUUUAAAACCUACAGUCUACUUACAUGAUGUUAAUGUUUCCUAUAUGUUAAAGUUAAAGGCUUCUCGAGCUCUACUCUCUGAAAUUAAGGAGAAGAAAUCCGUUUAUCCAUUUCAUAUACGUUCUUUGACUACGGAGAGAAGCCUGCUGGGUUUAAAGGAAUUGGUGGACAGACACAUUCUUGUACCUUACCCUGUUAUGGUUGCUUCUCCUUCCACACUUAUUGCACGCGAGGAAUUAACAGUCGUCGCUAAGCCUAAUUCCUCAGCAGAUUUAUUCUGCUUAACUGUACCAACUCCUCCCAGUUAUAUCAAGAGUGAUUUUUCUUUGGUUGAGGGAACAGAUGCGUACAUGUUUAGUGAAGGUAUGCAAAGUCGUGUAAAGAUGGUUUCGCUCGAAUAAACGGAUACGCGAUGCUUUGUCGAAGCAAUAAGAAAAGCUUAAAAUUUAGAAUAUUUGAAAAGGUUGAAUUUUUUGGUUUAUGGAGAUUUUGUUAGGAUCAAUAAAUAAGGGUUUACUUGGUUGAAGUAGAUGUGGUUGAAACAAAAAAAGAAGAGAGCAUAUCAUCUGUCGUCAAUGCG